AUGGGGGAUCGAGUUGGGACCAGCAAGGCCGGUCAGACUAGGGAUUGGAAGGAGGUGUGGAGGAAAAUCCCCAAAGUAGAAUGCAGAUUAUUCAUCAGAAAUCUUCCAUUCACGGUGUCAAUUGAGGACAUUAGAGCCAAAUUCGUACAGUUUGGUGCCCUAACUGAUGUCUUCAUUCCAAAAUUUCCAUCUUCUGGCAGAAGCAAGGGAUUUGCCUUUAUAACUUUUAAACGGUGGGAGGAUGCAAUGGUUGCUAUUGAGCUCCUCAAUGGACAGUUCUUAGGGUGUCGGAGGAUGAUGGUUAGUGCUGCUAUCAACCGUCCUGCUAAUAGGCCCCCUGAAGAUGUUGGAGGAAGCAGGGUCAUCAAGCCGAACGUCCAAGCCCCAUUAAAGCUUUAUCCACCACCUAUCCCCCCUCUUCUCUGA